AUGGAGAACCAUACAUACAAUGAGCAUGUUCUCCUCCUAGAAGGGUUAAACGUCACCCACCAGUCCUCCUACCCUGCCUUCAUCAUCCUCCUUGUCAUCUACAUCUUCACAAUGGUGGCCAACAUCGGCCUCACAGUGCUCAUCUGCAUGGAGAGGAGCCUGCACCAGCCCAUGUACAUCCUCCUUUGCAACAUGUCUUUCAACGAUGCUCUCAGUAUCACAACCUUCAUACCUCGAGUGCUGAGUGAUAUUUUCAAAGCAAGUGCAGAAAGAUAUAUUACCUAUGUUGAGUGUGCCAUACAAGCAUUCUGCGGUCACAUGUUUGCUACGACCGGACAUACAAUACUAAUGAUCAUGGCUUUUGACAGGUAUAUGGCCAUCUGCAACCCUUUGCGAUACGCCACCAUCAUGAACAACACAAUGCUGGUAAAACUGUGUGUGUUUGCCUGGGGUGUGGCCUUUCUCUUUGUGGCGGUCCUUAUAGGUCUCUCUGUCCGCUUAUCACGCUGCCGGUCAAACAUUUUCAACCCUUUCUGCGACAACGCUUCGUUAUUCAAGCUCUCCUGUGAGAGUGUGCUUAUAAAUAACAUUUAUGGACUAUUUUUCACCACUAUCUUCUUCAUCACCUCCAUGGGGAGUGUGGCUCUGACAUACAUUAGAAUCGCCAUGGUGUGUGUGAGGAGUAAGAGCAAGUCGCUGAACAGCAAAGCUCUGCACACCUGUUUCACACACCUGGCUGUAUACCUCAUUAUGCUGAUGACAGGUUUCAUCAUUGUCUUUCUUCAUCGGUACCCACAGUGGUCAAACCACAGGAAAAUGGCGUCCAUUAUAUUUCCUCUGGUUGCUCCUUGUCUUAACCCAAUUAUCUAUGGGCUGCAGUCCAAAGAGAUUUACAAAGUGGGAAAGAAUAUGUUCCAGUCCAAGAUUAUGUCUCUUCGAUUGUAA